CUCUCUCUCUCUCUAGCAUUAGGCCGGUUAUGGACCGGGCGGGUCAUGGACAUCCAGAUUUAUAACAUAUAACAAAUUUUGUGGCUAAUUAAUAAUACUUCCAAACCUUUGUAGAUGGGCUCUGUCAAAUCAAACCAAAUUUCGCCCAGUCGCUUAAUAACCUUUGGUGUUGUCUACACGUGCAGUCCAGGUUUGAUAUUAGAACAAGGGUGUCUCAAUGAUUCCUUAAAAAUAAUAAAUAGAGUCAAUAGAAUGGUAAUAUUACAGGGGGAAAUGGAUGCUGCUGCCAGCAUGAUCGAGAAACAAUCCAGGUAAAAUCCACCUAAGCAGAAACUUUUAACAACUUGGGUUUGAUUUUUCUCUCUCCUGUUAUUUACGAGGUAUCCUGACAUGAGACCACUGCUCGGGAAUUAUAGUCCUCAAUGAGUUUUAGAUUGUUUUUCUACUUUCCUGGUGCUAAGUGCCGUUUAUAUUCUGUUAUAACCACUACCACCAUCGGAUAUAUAUAUCUUCCCAGAUUUCUCCACUCAUUCAGUAUCUUAUUUCAUUGAAGCGCUUCUCAGGCAUCAUGAUUACACAAAGUACAAAGUCGUGGUUUAUUCAGUGGUCGUUAAGGUAUUUUUUUCUUUUCUUAAUUUUUUUUAUAUAUGUAUUAUACGUUUUCCGUUAAAGCGAUUCAUUUCCUCCCUUUUGAGCAACUAAUCUCUCAUGGUUUUGCAGGCAUAUGCAAAAACAUUUAGGUUUAGGGAUAAAGUGUUGAAGAAAGAUGGAGUUUGACACAUUGUAUUACUGAAAAAUGCCGACGCUAAUAUAUUGACAUUAUGAAAAUUUUGAGUAUGAUUUACAUUUCAUGCAGUUUGGACACAUUCCCUUAUGAUGGAACAACCACUACCUGUGAAUCUCCCUAUACAUGUGAGUUCCAUGUGUUAUUAUGGCUGGUUCAGUACAUGCUCAUAAUGUUGAUGUCAGUCUUCUCAGUAAACGUUGGUAAGCUCUCGGUUAUGUUUUUGUUUCUUGGCAAAAUUGCUUCUUACUCGGGACAUCCCGUCUUCUUUUUUAUUCAGGUUUAGGACACCUGGUUGCUUAAAAUGAGGAUGAGUAUGUGCAGUUAUCUGUUGAUCCAGCUUCUGAUGUGACCGCUCUUUCAAAACUGAGAUAAGUCUUGGUCCGUCCUUUGCUGUUGCUCUUGAAUCCGCAUACCGGAAUAUGUGGAAAAAGUACUGCAAAGGUGAAAAGUACCGUCCUUAAAGAAAAUUCAAUGCCUUUGCAGAUUGUGGACUCAUAUGGGUGAAGAUCUGAAAGAGAGUCAGUCCAUGAGAUCUUCCUCUCUUUUUCACUUCCAAGACUAUAUAGGAACUAGACUUGUAGAUUACUUGUCUAGUAAAAGGAAUUUUGUAAAAUCACUCUUUUUCUUUCUUUUUCUUUUUGGUUCUCUCAUCCAGCUUAAUUUAGCUUUAUAGUGAUUCUUGGUAAGUUUAGGGGGAAGUGGAUUUAAUUGGAGUUUUUCGUCUCGUUUGAGAGAUAAAGUUGUUGCAUCAGAUAGGGACAUAGGGUUUAAGUAAUGAGCCAUAUGAUAGUAAAUGGAGUAUACUUUUAUAGCCAAAGCUUUUCAGCGCCUAGGUUAUCUGUUAAGUUUGAAAAUCAUGCGUAGUAGUUGCCACAUUGACAUAACUGAAGAUAAUAAAUUAUUAAACCACCAGUAUAUAUGUAUAUUUAGUUAAAAAAAGUCUACAGACUGUUGACUUGUAUUAUUAUAUAUAAUUAUGCUUUGCUAACUCCAUAUAUACUAAUAAGUGCACUAGCAACUACUCUUCAUUCCCCACUUCGUCUGCUCCAUUGAUUCUACCAAAACCAUAUAAAGUACUAUAAAAAUCACUAAUCUUGUUACUUUUCUUCACCACCAAAGCAUCAAACUGUCUACUGAUUCUCCUCUUCAAAGUAACUCAAAACAUUUAAUUAAUCUCAAGAAAGAUGAAGAACGAAUCUACCGUCAUUGAUGUCCCUGCGGAAUCUAGCUCAGCCAUGAAAGGAUCAGCUCCUUUAAUCGGUGUGGCUAGAGACCACACUACUAAUGGCUCAGGUGGAUACAAGAGAGGUCUCUCAAUCUUCGACUUCCUCCUUCGUUUAGCUGCCAUUAUUGCAGCAUCAGUAGCCGCUGGAACGAUGUUUACAAGCGACGAGACUCUUCCCUUCUUUACACAGUUCUUACAGUUCGAAGCUGGCUACGACGAUCUACCAACUUUCCAGUUCUUUGUGAUUGCCAUGUCCAUGAUCUCAGGAUAUCUCCUCCUAUCUCUCCCUUUCUCCGUAGUCACCAUCGUUCGCCCUCUCGCCACAGCCCCAAGACUCCUCUUGCUCGUUCUAGACACUGCGGCAAUGGCGUUUAACAUGGCAGCUGCGUCAUCGGCUGCGGCGAUAGGGUAUCUAGCACACAAUGGAAACCAGAACACGAACUGGCUCCCCAUUUGCCAACAGUUUGGAGACUUCUGUCAGAAAACCAGUGGAGCUGUGGUCUCCUCCUUUGUCUCGGUCGUCUUCUUCAUCAUUCUCGUCGUCCUCUCCGGUGUCGCUCUCAAAAGGCACUAAUCACUUACAAAUAUGUGUUCAUU